GGGUUUUUUCUAUACUCAAAGGGAGUGGUGUAAUGUCGAGAUUGAGAACGAAACCAAUAUUGGAGAAGGCCUCAGUCUUCUCAUAGACGCUGCUGUGGAUAGUCACCAGGAGAUUCUGCCUUCCCACUCAAGCUCUUGCCAUGAUGGUUUCUGAUGAUAUUUUGCGCUGAAAUACAAAACUGCAGCAUCCUCUUCGGGGAAACUUUAAAGUUAAAGGAGCCGAGAAGCACCGCGCGCACAUAGUGUCACUUAAUAAGAAGAUACAAAAAGGCAUUAGGACAGAAGAAAAGAACUUCUGGUGAGAAUCUUUCCACUCGUGCCAAAUUGGACCACCGGAAGAUGCGCGUUACGAGACGGUGAUCCAACAAAAUUAAAAUGCAUUUUUUAAGGAGUGCUCUUAACGCGUUUCUAAUUAAAGACAUGCCGGGGUAAUCCACAUGGGACAGCUCCUUACGUCUGCAGCUGACAAUAAAAAGUGAGGAACCCAUGCCGGAUGAUCUGAAGCAACUUUACGCACCGGAGGGGGAAAAUAAAUAAAUAAAAAGCGGCGGACUUUCAUCAAUUUCCACCCACUUCGAGUCAACACGAUCAACAGAUGACCACGGCUGUCUUUAACCAUAUAAAAGAGACUCGCUCUCCUUGUGUCAUGGUGCGCUAGAGCCUGUGGAAGUACCUUUGGAGAGGCGACGCCAGCGGAGUCUAUUUGAUGUGCUUUGCUUUAAUAUUAUUAAACACACGGGAAGGCCGUCGAACAAGUGUAAACUAAAUCUGCAUUGAAGAAAAACAGGGCUAUAAGACUGGACGCAGGGCAGAGGGGCUCUCUUUGCCCACUUUUCAGCAUGAGUGCAGUGCGCACACCUGUCUUCAUAGGGCUCCUUUUGCUGAUCCUCACCUCCGGCUACUGCAAACCGAGAGAUAGGGACGACACUAGUCUGCUGGACCUCCUAAUGGACAGAGUAAGACAGGCACAGGAGCAUCACAGUGAGGGAAACACACAGCAUCCCCCCGAAAUCUUCGAGCGUUCGGUGGAAACAAGAGACGUUAAUAAAGUUACAAAGUCAUAUCAGCAUGAACGCAUUCUUGAAGUCUUUCCGAGAGAUCUUCGACAGAAGGAGAGAUUUUUAAAACAUUUAACAGGGCCGCUUUAUUUUAGCCCCAAAUGCAGCAAACACUUUUAUAAACUCUAUCAUAAUACCAGGGACUGCACAAUACCAGCCUAUUAUAAAAGAUGUGCCCGGCUUCUUACAAGACUAGCUGGGAGUCAGCGGUGCACAGAGGGAUAGAUGUCGCAGAUUUCAACAGACCUGAAGAAAUAAAGAGAACCAAGUAAAGUGCCUUGGAGAAAAACAGGGAAAUUAAAUUAAUUCAGAACAAUCAUAUUUAUCACAUAAACAUAGCUUUUUUGCAAUGAAAUGGAACUCCUCUUCUGACCUUUUUCUUCUCGCAUACAAGUCGUCAGUCUUGUGAGCUGACAAAAGUGAUGUUAGAACCAAGUUUACUGGCAAUGGUCAUGGUGAAAAUGAAGAAGACAAUGUUUUAUGGGAAAAACAAAUGAAAAAAUAUAUAUAUGUCUUGCUGCCAAAAGACAAACUCUGGGUGUCACAUUCAACCUCAUAUACAUUAUAAGUUGAAUUUGCCUUCACAGGUAGUUUUUGGUUGAAGAACUUAGAAUUUAGAUGUUGUUUUGCGGAUGUUAAAAGGUGUUUACUGGCUGAACGAAGCCUUUGGUCCAAUAUUCCUGACAACCUCAAAGCCACAUUCCUCAAAGCCAGAGCUAAAUCCUUUGAUUGAAUUAUGAUUUGCAUGAUAUUUUCUUGCCUUUUUUGUCUUUACAAGACAUGUCUUGGCAGUGAUGAAUGCUACAGGUUGCAGUUUAUUCUGUGAAAGAAAUUAAUUGCAUUUUGCUAAUAUUGAAUGUCUUAUAUUAUGUAUUUAUACAUUCAAGCUAUUAAAUAUUGCUAUUGUCAAAUGUAUAAACAUCUAAGUUAGAGUUCAGUUUGUAAAUAUUGUAAAUAUAUACAGUAUAUAUAUAUAUAUAACAUAUGAUCUUUAAAUAAACAUGUUUGUUAUAUAAUGUUUAAA